UUCCACUUUCAGUUGUGAAAGAAAAACCAGGAAGUGAAGUCCCCAAGCACGAGCACGUUAGAAGCUGGCCAUGGCCUGACUCCUGACUUCAGAGCAGCUCACACCGGGGCUGACGGCUCAGAAGGCUCAGAACUGGGGAUCCCUGGCUAGCAGGGAUGCUCUGAAGACCCCCUGACCUUGGAGAGACCAGGUGAGGGGAGAGCUAAGGGACUCUUGUGCCUGAGCCACUCAGAGCCGGGAGCCCCCGCUUGCUGGAAGCACCAAGGGAUGCGGCCCUCUCACAAGGCCUGAACUUCCUGCUGCUGCUCACAAGGAUGCUUUUUAUUUUUAACUUCUUGUUUUCCCCACUUCCAACCCCGGCACUGAUCUGCAUCCUGACCUUUGGAGCUGCCAUCUUCCUGUGGCUGAUUUACAGACCUCAGUCCAUCAUGCCUCUUGUUGACCUGGACAACCAGUCGGUGGGAAUUGAGGGAGGAGCACGUAGAGGUCCUUUCCAGAAGGACUAUAACCUGAUGGGUCACUACUUCUCAGAUGCCAGCACGGUGUAUGAAAUUUUCCAAAGAGGACUUGCUUUGUCUGACAAUGGGCCUUGCUUGGGAUACAGAAAACCAAACCAGCCAUACAAAUGGUUGUCCUACAAACAGGUAUCGGAUCGAGCAGAAUACCUGGGUUCCUUUCUCUUGCAUAAAGGAUACAAGCCAUCACCAGACGAAUUAAUUGGCAUCUUUGCUCAGAAUAGGCCAGAGUGGACCAUCUCUGAGUAUGCCUGUUACACAUACUCCAUGGUAGCUGUCCCCUUGUAUGAAACCUUGGGAGCAGAGGCCAUCAAAUUCACUAUCAACAAAGCUGAGAUUGCCACAGUGAUCUGUGAUAAACCCGAAAAGGCAUUGAUCCUGAUUAAGGAUAUGGAGAAGGGCCUCAUCCCAAGCCUGAAAAUGAUCAUCAUCAUGGAUCCCUUUGAGGAUGCCCUGAAGGAGAGAGGGGAGAAAAGUGGACUUGAGAUCUUAUCCCUGCUUGAUGCCGAGAACAUAGGAAAAGAGAACUUCAGAAAACCUGUGCCUCCUUCACCAGAAGAUCUGAGCAUCGUCUGCUUCACCAGUGGGACCACAGGUGACCCCAAAGGAGCCAUGAUAACCCAUCAAAAUAUUGUUUCAAAUGCUGCUUCUUUUCUCAAACGUCUGGAGUACACUUUUCAGCCCACCCCUGAGGACGUGUCCAUAUCCUACCUCCCCUUGGCUCAUAUGUUUGAUAGGAUCAUACAGGUUAUUAUGUUCUCUUGUGGAGCCAGAGUUGGAUUCUUCCAAGGAGAUAUUCAGUUGCUGCCUGAUGACAUGAAGACUCUGAAGCCCACGCUACUUCCUGUGGUGCCUCGACUCCUUAACAAGAUUUAUGAUAAGGUACAAAGUGAAGCUAAGUCACCCCUGAAGAAAUUCUUGUUGAACUUGGCUAUUGCCAGUAAAUUCAAUGAAGUGAAAAGGGGUGUCAUCAGACGUGACAGUUUCUGGGACAAGCUCAUCUUCGCAAAGAUCCAGGAAAGCCUGGGUGGGAGGAUACACUUCAUGAUCACUGGAGCUGCCCCCAUCUCCUCUCCCGUCUUGAUGUUCUUCCGGGCAGCAAUGGGAUGUCCGGUGUUUGAAGCUUAUGGCCAAACGGAAUGCAGUGGUGGCUGUACACUUACGUCACCUGGGGACUGGACAUCAGGCCAUGUUGGGGUCCCCCUAGAUUGCAACCAUGUGAAGCUGGCAGAUGUAGCUGACAUGAACUACUAUUCGGUGAACAAUGAAGGAGAGAUCUGCAUCAAGGGCAUUAAUGUGUUCAAGGGAUACUUGAAGGAACCAGAGAAGACAGAGGAAGUCUUGGACAAGGACGGCUGGGUUCACACAGGGGACAUUGGUCGCUGGCUCCCGAAUGGAACACUGAAGAUCAUUGACAGAAAAAAGAACAUUUUCAAGCUAGCUCAAGGAGAAUAUAUUACUCCAGAGAAGAUAGAAAGUAUCUACAUCAGGAGUGGUCCAGUGUCACAAAUUUUUGUGCAUGGGGAAAGCUUGCAGUCAUUCCUAGUGGGAGUGGUGGUGCCUGACCCUGACGUACUUCCCUCAUUUGCAGCCAAGCUUGGGGUGAAGGGCUCUUUUGAAGAUCUGUGCCAAAACCAGGUUGUAAAGGAAGCCAUUUUAGAAGACUUGCUGCGAACUGGGAAAGAAGCUGGCCUUAAAUCCUUUGAGCAGGUCAAACGCAUCUAUCUUCAUCCAGAGCCAUUUUCCAUCAAAAAUGGGCUUUUGACACCAACCUUGAAAGCAAAGCGGGGAGAGCUCUUCAAGUACUUUCGCACUCAAAUCGACAGUCUGUAUGAGAACACGCAGGAGUAGCUUAAGUUUGCUGCUGAUCUGGAAGCUAUAGGGGAAGGAGUUGAAACUCAUGUUAAGCGCACUCUUCCAGUGAAUCAAGCAAAGCACUGAGUUAAGCUGCCCUGAAUUGGAAACAGAGACUCACGGACAAGCACGCAGCCCACACCACAGGCUUGUCUGCCGGGAAGGAACUGACUGGACUUUCCUCCCCUGGACUCUGGUGCCUGCUGUAACUCACCCCCAUUCAACACGUGUUGCUUCCACUUGUAAGUGUAGAGCGUUUAAAAUAAACUAUUGUGGGUAACUGAA